AUGUGUUUUUCUAUGGAAAUGUCAGCGGCAUUUGCAGCUAUUGGUCUUUUUUCAUCUUGGUGGAUAUGGACAAAAACUUCAAAUACUCAAUUAGCAAGCGGAGUUUUCUUCUUUUUCACAAUGGAAUUAUUACAAUCAAUUCAGUAUUUAUUUAUUGCACCCAAUCUUGACUCACCCAUAUGCGAUACAAUUAUCAACCAAGUUUUAACUAUUGCCGGAUUUUUACAUAUAUGUUUACAACCUUAUUUUUGUCAUGUUAUCAAUGCAUCAUUGACCAAAAAUCAAAAAUAUAUUGAUCGCUAUUUGGUCAUUAAACGUCUAUGUUUAAUAGGUGGUUUCAUGUUAUUUGGUCGAUUUCUGUUGGCUUAUCAAUGGCCACAAACAAUGAAUGGACCAUCAACAGAAUGGUUACGUGGUUCAAAAUUAUGCACAUAUCGUGGAAACUAUCAUCUUGCUUGGUCAGUACCAAUGGCUGAUCCAACCUAUGUUAUUCCGGGCGCAGCAAUUCAUUCAUUUUUAAUGUUUGCUCCAUUCUUUGCAUUAUAUGAAAAGAAAGGCAUGAUAAUUCAAGGAAUAUUUUUGUUUGCUUUUGGACCCUAUUUGGCUGGUCUUAUAACACCAAAUUUAAUGGAACAAGCUUCAAUUUGGUGUUUCUUCUCAAUUGCACAAAUCGCUAUUAUGUUGUUUUGUAUUCGCGAAACCUUAAUUAUCAAUUGGGGACGCAACAAAAGUGGUCAUGCAUCGUUACUUAGUGGCAAACAGUCAGGUGUUGCUACUGCCGCUACCACCACUGCUACACAAAACGUCUUUCCUGAUGAAAAUGUUGUCAAAAACAACAGAAAACAAAGAAAAUUAGCUUAG